AUGACACGUGGAAAACAUCAACAUCUUGCACCGCCAUCGAAAGUGGCUAAAGUAAAUCGUCUUCGCUUCUUUGGUCAUAUAUUAAGGAGACCGGCAGAUCGCCUUGUCCAACGAGUUCUGAGGAGUUCGUCUGGUUCGAGCUGGAAGAAGUCACCUGGCCGAAAACGGAAGUUCUGGACUGAGGUGGUGAAAAAGGACCUGAGGACACUCGGCGUGGAUAGGCGGUUCAGGCGAGACGUAAGGUUUCGCAUAAUAUGGAAUAGCAACGAAUGGAUUGAUUCUGUGCAAGCUCUCGCAGAAGAUCGAGAAGGUUGGGCAGAGCUGUGUUCAAGGACGGCACACCUCGGUGAAAAUGUAGGUGUAUCUUCUUCUUCUCAUGCUGAUAUUUCGACAAUUUAUAACGGCCAGUUUGCAACUGGUGCACUACAAAUUCGCCUUGUAACCCUUGCACUUAACAUUUCCCUCAACAACAAGUGUGGAUCUCCAAAAGGGCAUAACAAUCGGGUGGAAAUACUGAAAGGAGUCCUAAAACCGAGCUAUGAUCUCUCUACAUUGUCGACAACAACUGAGGAUCUUUCUUUGAGCGAUAUGCGACAACUAGCGAUCAGAAUCCAAGUAGAAGCGAGGAUGAGAGACAGAUACCAUCUAGUCUUGUGUACUGAAGUUACUAUCUACUCUUUUGAACCUUUGGCUAGAUCAUGA